GAGAGAGAGAGAGAGAGAGAGAGAGAGAGAGAGAGAGAGACAGCAGCAGCAAGAUGAGCUCUUAAUUUAAACUAAAAAAAUGUUAAUCUAGAGUAAAUUUAAUUGUGAGAAUUGAGAAUAUAAAUCAGUAAGAACAAAUAAAAAACAAAUGGAAAACUUUUACUACAGAAAUAAGACAUCCAGGAAAAAUUAAACAAUUAAACAAGAAAGAAAGAAAGAAAGAAAGAAAGAGAAAGAAAGAAAUAGAAAGAAAGCAAAAGAAAAGAACUGAACUGAAGAGGAAAAGAAAAGAAAUAAGACCUCCAGGAAAAUUAAACAAGAAAGAAAGAGAAAGAAAGAAAGAAACAGAAAGAAACAGAAAGAAAGAGAAAUAAAGAGAAAGAAAGAGAAAGAAACAGAAAGAAAUAGAAAGAAACAGACAAAUUGAAAUAAACAGAAAGAAAGAAAAAGAAAAGAACUGAAGAGGAAAAUAAAAGACCUGCAGAGUGGGAGGGGCCAGACUAGCAGUGUAAUCCGAUACCCUGAUGAGGUCACCAGUGCAAAGGCAAAGAAGCUGUAUAAGAACAAGCUAAUGAAGGAGUCCCCAGAGACACUGAUAACAGACUGCAGCCUGGCUGGGGGCAAGAGGACCAAAACCAACCUGCUGUUCUAUACACAGCACCCCACUGCCUGGCACACAGCCCUCUGCACAGCACAUAGUAAUAUCAAGCUGGGAGGGAUUUGCAAAGGAAGGCAACUGCGUAUAGGAGACGAAACUGACCCUGACAGCACAAGGCUCAGCAUCAAUGUGUUUUAUAAUGGCACUAUUAUGAUUCAGGGAACUGAGGCCAGCCUAGAACUAUUCGAGAAAGAUUUCCAGGCUCUAAAAGAACUGGCUGAGAAGGAGAAAAAAAAUCCAGAGGUACUAGAUCCAGAACAGCAGCCAGCUCCCCACACCGCAGACACAGCCCCCUGCAGCCCCCACACUGCAGACACAGCCCCCUGCAGCUCCCCCACUGCAGCCCCCCGCACCCCCCCGCUCACCCCCAGACUGCCCAGCACAGUGCAGCACUUGAAGGAAUGCCUCUCACUGCUGGAGGUGGAGUUUGCAGAAUUCAAGGAGCUCACCCUGACCACGCUGACAGAGAACGACCUCGUGCAGCAGAUAAGAGACGAGGUGAGGCAGGUGAGGAACGAGGCCAGGGCUUCCAUCAGGGAGCUGGGAGCUGAGAUGGGAGAGUUGCGGCAGGACAACGAGGCCCUGAGAAACGAGCUGGCCAAGCUGAGAGAGGAGCUGCAGCGCAAAGAGAGGAGCAUACAGAGCCUGAGAGAGCAGCUACUCAGAGUCACACCUCCUCCCCCCCACCCAGAACAGCAACACCACAGCCAGCCCAAGAACACAGGAGCUCCAGCAAGCAGGGCCUGUCUGACUGACACCGACACCGAUACACACACCACAUCAUCCCACACACACACUGAUCCAAACACACACCCCACUCCCCCAGCACACCCCGACAGUGAGACACUCCCCCCCACCACACACACUACCCCCCACUCCCCCACCACACACACUACCCCCCACUCCCCCACCACACACACUGAUCCAAACACACACCCCACUCCCCCAGCACACCCCGACAGUGAGACACUCCCUCCCCCCACCACACACACUACCCCCCACUCCCCCACCACACACACUGCCCCUCCCUCCCACAUCACACACACUGCCCCAGAGACACAGACUCCCUCGAGUAGACAGGCUAAUAAAAUAUACAGCUCCAAGGUAGCCAUUCUUAUCGACUCCAACGGGAAGUACUUGAACCAGCGAAGACUCUUCCCCAGCAGCCGGGUAGCAAAAUUCUGGUGCCCAACUACAGAAAGGGCGCUCCAGCUGCUGUGCCAGUCGACCCUGAGAGACCCCGAGCACAUUAUCAUCCACACUGGCACCAACGACCUGGGCUCUCAGGGGGAAGAUGUGGCCGAGUCGGUAAGGAGAGUAGCGGAGAAGGCCACAAAGGAGUUCCCUGGUGCGAAGAUAGUGAUCUCCACCCUGCUGCCCAGAGAGGACGUCCCCCAGCACACUAUUCAGAGGAUCAACAGUGACAUCUCCAGAGGCUGUGCCCUUCUGCCUAAUGUCCACUUGGCACACCACCCCACCCUGAGCACGCUGCACCUGUACGACCAUGUACACCUCGACCAGGAAGGCGUUAGGAUCUUCGCCAAAAACCUAAAGGACACUGCCAUGGGCCGAGACCCCGCCAGCCACCCCCGAAACAGGAGCACACCGGACCACCACCAAGGACAGCGCAGCCCUGUGCUUACGAGGAGACCCCCCCAAGAACACCAGCCUCUGCAGCCUGGACACUGGCAGCACACACUACAACAGAGCAGAAGAGCCCAGCCCAGAGGGACCCAGCCCAGCAGAGCCCAGCCCAGAGGGACCCAGCCCAACAGAGCCCAGCCCAGAGGGAUCCAGGAACAGCAGCAGCUCCAGCACAGCAGUCAGACAGAGCAGCAGCAACACAGCUAUGCAGCAGCUGCUUCCAAACCAAGGACCCUAGUCAGCUCUGAGAUGGGGGAGAUACGGCAGCUCCUGAACUUAAUUUUCAAAAUCAUGAGCUAAGUACACCCC